AGUCACUGUUGCACGGCCAAGGGAAGAAAAUGGAGUUGGGAUCUUGUGAUUUCCCCUAAGGUGAGCUAUGAAAACACCAGGAACAGCUCUUGGAAGUCAUUGUUGAAGAUCUUCACGGAAUACAGAGAGUCUUCAGCCAUAUUUGAGCAAGGCCACAGAAAUGGCGUAUCUGCAGCGCGAGAAUUCGCCCGCCCUGGCCGAUGCCAGUCAGGUGCUGGCCGCGGCCCUCAAAGAAAUGGACAGCAUUAUCGCUUCCGCAGAAGUCGAUAAUAACCAGCCCGAGCAUGGCGGAGGCAGCAGCAGCAGCACAAAUAGCGGUCGUGUCGGCGGUAACGAUCACAGGUCGAGUUACGGCAGUGCGGUCUACCGAUCGCUGGAACGUCCCUCGAAAAGUCUUUCUCCGUAUUCCCCGUCUACGGCCGAGCCGGCGAAACCGGUCGUUCUGGAAUCUCCACUGUACAAAUCCGAGACCGACGACCUCUCGGAACAGAUUUCGUUACGAAACGAAAACAUCGAUCUUAAAAAAGAACUUUUCGAGCUGCAGCAGACCGUCGCCAUGCAGCGAGCCGAAAUCGAGAGUCUCAGCCAGGAGCUGCAUCGGCGCUCAGCUCAACUCGAAGCCGCAGAGGAACAGCUGAUCAUCGAGGUGCGGAUGAGGAAGCGAAUCGAGAGCGACAAACUGCAAUUGAUGAGCGACGUACCCGCCAUGCAGUUGAAGCUGCUCCGUUCGGAGAAAGAACGCGCCGAGUUGACGGCGCGCCUCAAGAGUCUCCAAUCUGGUUUCCAGAGAACGUUGAGCAACCUGACGGGAGGCGAUUUGUCCGGUCCGAGGAGCUGCACACCCACUCGAACCACCAACGCAGACAAACCACCGCUUCCCCGCCCCGUCGUUGUGAGUCCCGUGUAUUCGAACACGAUCGCCGCUAGUCCGUCCGCUCAGCGCAAAGCGGACGACCGCUUCCAGCGGUUUCCGCAGUCGCUCUACAGCACGUUGCCGCGGAACUACAAACCACCGACGUUCGCCUCCUCCGGCGGUGGUCCGAGCGGCGGUGAUGGCGUCAGCGUCAACAAACAGAGUCUGCACCAACUCAACGGUCAACUGAAGACCCUCGAAGGCCGAAGUACGUCGGCUCCCGAGCUGGCCAAUCCAGACCGCGUGGUCAAGCCUGUCAACGGAGCACCCACUCAGCCCAUAAUAAACCACACGAGCGGUCCCAAGAAGUUCAUGAAGCUCCUCGGAAAACUUUCCAGGAGCAACUCCGCCUCGAAUUCCUCGAUCGGAAGCUUCAAACGGAACUCUUCGAUGCGAGCGACCGCCAUGCCUCGGCUCUGCGGAUGGAAAUCCAACGAGCACCUGAAACGACCUCUGAACGAAUGGGACAAGAAAUGCAUCAUAAGCUUCUUCCAGCAGCUGGAUCUGUACGAUCUAUACGACGGGCAUCUGCUCACCGUGCACACGGGAGAGGCGUUGAUCCACUUGCUGAAGAGCGAUGCUUUCCAAGCCACGGUGAAACAUCCCCUGCACAAGCGGAAACUCCUGCUGGCCCUCGACGUGUUCAUCAAGAACGAUUCUCUUCUGAAGAGCGCAAUUUGCCUCGACACCAAGUGGGCAUUGUCCUGGCUGGAUGAUCUCGGUCUACCGCAGUACACGGAUGCUUUUCAGGAAGCUCGAGUGGACGGUCUGAUCUUGCACAACAUGACGCUCGACGACGCCGGCAUUCUGAAGAUCAACUCUCAGCUCUCGCUGCUCAGCUUGAAGUGGGGCAUUUACGUGCUGCGGACAACGAACUUCGAUCCGGGAUGCUUGAAGCGGCGCUCCACGGGUAAAACCAAGGAUAGCGUCGAAGAAGUCUCCCUCUGGACCAACCACCGGCUCAUGCAAUGGUUGAGAGAUAUAGAUCUCUCCGAGUACGCACCGAACUUGCGAGGCUCCGGGAUCCACGGUGCUCUGCUUGUCUACGAAGACAGUCUGGGUGAAAACCUCCUCGCCGAGCUGUUGAACAUCGGGACUUCGAAGACUCUGUUGAGGAAACAUCUGACGCAACAGCUGAAAUCUCUGCUGGGUGAUGCAAUUAUCCAAAGGAAACGGAGACACGAGGCCACUUCGGUGGUGCCGUUGUCUCCCUCGACGAAGAUAAAGUUCCCCAAGGGAACGCUUGGUCGUCGAAGUAAAAAGAAGUGCGAUCAAACUCUAGUGUGUCCGCUCGACGUUUCGGGAUUCCUUCCCUCGGGCUGCGACCUGAUGUCGACUUCGAUCACGACGAUGACCUCCUCCACGCAUAGCAGUCUAUCGUCGAAUUCGACUCUUUGA